AUGAAUUUAUUAUAUUUUUUAUUUAUUGUAUAUUUAUACUGCAUUAAUCACUUAGUUUGUAUAUACCAAGAUAAUUUUUUAUUCACCUUUAAGGAUGGUAAAAAGGUGCAUACAAACAAACAAAAUGUCAACAAAUUUGAAAUAGAAAUUAUUUUAAAAUUUAAUACAAGAAAAGAUUCAAAGGAAUUUUUUUUAGCAUCAUUAAUACCUGCUAAAAAUCUACAAAUAUUAUCAUUUAAAAAAAAUGAACAAGAGAUAAUUUCGAAUGUCGAAAUCCAUCAUGACAGUUCCAAGAUAAGCGAAAAUGAUAACUGUGAUUAUCUUAUAACAUCAAAAAUGUAUUUAAUAAAAUUAUCUAAAAAGGAAUUGGAAAUGUUUAAUAUAUAUACUUACAACUUUUCUAAUAAGGAUAAUAAUAUGACUAUGCCAGAAAAAUAUGAAUAUUCAGAAAAAUCAUUAAAAAGUUUUUUUCCUAGUCAAGGAACAAUUUAUCCAUCAGAUUAUUCUCUAAAGAUUUCUGUCGAAGUUUCAAAAGAGGGUUUAGACACUGAAGGAAUAUGGAUCUUUUCGAUUGGAGAAAAAAAUGAUUCCAUAGACAAAACCCAAGAGUGUACAGUUCCAUCCAGUGUUUUAAGUCAACUCUUUUUUCAGAAAACAACAUCCAACAAUAUUUUGUUGUUGUAUUGCAAUAGUAUCACUAACUCGGAGAUUUUGAAUUUAAUACCUGAUAUGAGAAAAAGUUUUAAUAUUAAUGUGUCCACUAGCAAAUAUUUUAUGGGAGCCUAUGCUUCGAUAUAUUCGAUUGAAAUGGAUUUAACUACAACGGUUCUGGAUAUUAAAUCUGACAAAAUAAAAAUUAGUAUAAAAAUUCCACCAUAUGUUUGCUAUUCCAAUUAUUGUUUUCACAAAAAUCCCGAAAAUCCUUGCUUGAACUUGAAUGCUAAUAAUACACCUUUUGAUGAUUGUACAUAUAAUUUUCGAAAUCAUGAAUUUAUUCUCAAAUCAUCAAAAAACGAAAUUGUAGCUAAAAAAAUUGUACUAAAAAUAGAAAACAUAAAUAAUCCUCGUUCCUCUUUAGAAAAUAAUAAGAAUUGGAUAAUUAACAUUUUAAAUGUUGAUAAUAAUAAUUUUGUAAUAAAAAAGGAGCAUAAAGAAUUAUUAGAAAAAGUAUCCCAUGAUAUUUGCUCAAAAAAAUUCAUACUAAAACUUGUAGACAAAUAUUCAGAAAAUAUAACGUGGGUAAAGUCCCACAUGGGAAUUGUCUUAACACCGGAAUUGCAUUCAGUUAAUGUUCAGCCAAUUAAGAAAAAUGAUUUAAUAGAAAAUCCGAAUAUAAUUUACUUAAGACUUUAUUUCUUGGAUAGCCAUGUUUUCAACAAAUGCCUGGUUGAAAUUAAAUCCCCUCAAAAUCUUAUAUCCGUUAUAACAAAAAGCGAAAAGAGAUUAAAUCCAUAUACUCAUGAAUUAAUGAUUCCAUCUUCUAUUUAUAAACCCGUGGAAAAUGAUCAACAUAGUAUAAAAAUCGAAAAAAAAUCAAUUAAAAAUGAAGAUAUCAUAGAAUUUCCAAUAAAUAUAAAGGAAUAUGAAAAUAAAGAGUAUUGGCACCUCAUAUUAAAUUGUUUAAAUUAUGAAAAUGAAUAUGUGAUAGAAGCUCAAACAAGAUUUAUGUAUCCUAUUGAAAAUAAUAAAAUAUAUAUGAGUAAUAUAUAUUACAGGGAAGCUAUAAUUGAUAAUGAUAAUAAUAUUAAACAUAUAUUUUAUUUAAAUUUAUUUUCUUAUAGCGAAAAAGAAAUGGAUAUAAGUAUCUCAAUUCUUCCAGAACCAAUAGGUACAAACAUUAUAAAAAAAAAAGCUAUACCUUCUGAUCAAACAAACAGUAUAGAAUUAGUUGAUGCAUGUGAUGCAUUAGUGCAUACUUCAUGUUAUAAUUUAGUUUUCCAUGAAUGCUAUAAUGUAAAUAAAAAAAUAAUAUAUAAAAUAAAUUCACACAAAAUAUCUGAUAAGCAUUUUACUAUUUUAUACCCUUUAAUAACAAAAAAAGAUGAGACAAAUAAUAUCGAUAGAAAUGUAACAAAAUUCAACAUACAUGUAGAAGUAGAAACUAAAAAUAUUCCUAAAAAUAUUAAAAAAAUAUUUCCAAUAAAUAUGAAUGAAAUUUUAGAUAUGAGUGCCAAAAAACCGUGUAUAAAUAAUUUAGUUUCUGUUUUAAAAAAUUAUAAAAAAUAUGAUUCUCAUUUAUUCAUUUUAUUUAAAGCUGUAAAUUGUUAUAAAAUAUAUGAGCCCUUUUUAAUAAAUUACAAAAACAAUGAAAAUUUUUUUGCAAAAACUGAUAUAUUAGACAAUUAUGAACAAAUUACAUUUCAAAAAACAUAUAAAAAUUUUUAUCCAGUAAAUGAUAAUUCAAUAUCUCAAAAAAUUUUUGAUAAAAAUAUAAUUAGCAUUAUUACUAUUAUUCUUAUUGAUGAUAUUGUUUUUACAAAUCCAUACUUACUUAAAGAAAAAUUAAAUAUUAUCAGCCUUAUAAAAGAUAAUUUUUUUUUUUCAUAUAAUAAGUAUUAUGUAGUUAAUUAUUUUAAUCAAAAUUUGCUUAUAAAACUUUAUAAACAUAUGAAUGAUGGAAAUAUAAAAAUAACUAUAGAACAAAAAUCAUCAAACAUUUUAAAUAUUUUGGAUGCCUUAAAAAAAACGAUUUCUUUUGCCCAGGAUGUAAAGGAAAAAGAGCAAAAUUACAUGAACAGCGAAUAUAGUAUAAUGUUGCUAACUGACAUAGCUGGAAUGAAUAUGGUAAAACAAAAUUCACAAGAAUAUGUACAUAAAAAUAAGACUAAUGAUAUAGGUACCUUUGACAUAAGUUACGAAAAUGACGACAUGUUGAAUAAAAUAAUUUCAAGGAUAUAUUGUGUAUCAUUUGAAAAUGGGAAUUAUUUUAAUGGAAAUGCUUUUCAUAAAUCUAUUAAAAAUACAGAUAAUAUAUAUACAUACAAUUAUGAUCAAAAAGACAGUAUUCAUUUUAUCUCAUUUCAUAAAUAUAUUAUUGAUGAACAAUUAAUAUCACAUUACUUUAAAUCAGUAAUACAAGAUUAUAUUUUUUUGCACACACAAAUUUAUAAAACAUCUUGGUAUUUAAUAGGGGUAUGCAGAUAUAAUAUUAUAAAAAAUAGUUUACCAAAAAGAACAUUGCACAUAUACUAUGUUGAUAAAAAAAUUAAAACUAUUCAUUACACAAUAUCCGAAGAUGAAACAAAAAAUGUUUUUGACAAUUCUUCUAUUUCUUCGUAUCAAGACAUGUGCAACAUUUUUACCCAGCUAAAACUAUUGGGAUAUAAUUAA